GACCUCUGUGACAGGCCUUCAAGAGUAGGGGGCGGCUAAAACGCCCUCCCGUCGCCCCUCGUUCCCUCCGCACCUUCUCUCCGUCGUUUGAAAAUACCAAGAGUUGUGCGCCGGUGUACUGAUGUCAUUAUAUGCAAACUGGACCCAGAAGCUCCACAAACUUCAAAGAGAGGACACGUUAAACAUUUAGAACUAUCGCCACCUCGUCGGUUUUCACCUUGGUUCCAGUUUUUUUCUUGGGUUUUACUCUUCCUUUCGACUUUUAUUACAAGUACCAGGUUUAUUGUCCUUAUUCCAAUUGAGUUUUUUUCACGUGGUGUCCAGUUGGGAUAGCGCGCGGGGGAGCGGGACACAACUGUCACCGACUGUAAUCUGUGUCUCGCGCUGUCAAAGACAUGCCGUCUGGGUUUCAGCAACUCGGAGGGGAGACGGUGACUGGAACCCUUGCUCUCUCAGUGUUCACCGCUGUAUUGGGUUCCUUUCAGUUUGGGUACAACAUAGGUGUCAUCAACGCUCCUCAGAAGAUCAUUGAAGCGGACUACAACGCUACAUGGGUGCAUCGGUAUGGAAAGCCCAUCCCCAGCAGUACCCUCACAACCCUCUGGUCCCUGUCCGUAGCCAUCUUCUCUAUAGGCGGUAUGAUCUCCUCCUUCUGUGUGGGCGUCAUCUCAGAGUGGCUGGGGAGGAGGAAAGCCAUGCUCAUUAACAACUUGUUUGCCUUCAUCGGAGGAGGUUUGAUGGGCAUGGCCAAGAUCAGCAGGUCCUUCGAGAUGAUGAUUCUGGGACGAUUCGUCAUCGGUGCAUACUGUGGAUUGGCAUCGGGGCUGGUGCCCAUGUAUGUGGGUGAGAUAGCCCCUACCAGUCUGCGAGGGGCAUUGGGCACGCUCCACCAGCUGGCUAUCGUCACAGGGAUUCUCAUGGCACAGGUCCUGGGUCUGGAGUCUUUGCUGGGCAGUGAGGAGUUGUGGCCAGUGCUGGUGGGUGUGACCGUUCUGCCCACUGUCCUGCAGAUGGUGCUGCUGCCCUUUUGCCCCGAGAGCCCACGCUUCCUCUACAUCAUCCGUUCCCAGGAGCACCACGCCAAGAGCGGCUUGAGGAGGCUGACGGGGAGACAGGAAGUGGGGGAUAUGCUGGCAGAGAUGAAGGAGGAGAAGAGGAGGAUGGACAUGGAGAGGAAGGUGUCCAUCGCAGAGCUCUUCCGCUCCCCCAUGUACCGGCAGCCCAUCAUCAUCGCCAUCCUACUGCAACUCUCACAACAGCUGUCCGGGGUGAACGCUAUCUUCUACUACUCCACCAGUAUCUUCCAGAAGGCAGGGGUCCAGAGUCCUGUCUACGCCACUAUAGGAGCCGGCGUGGUCAACUGUGCCUUCACCGUGGUCUCGCUCUUCCUGGUUGAGAGGACUGGUCGCCGGACACUACACAUGCUGGGCCUGUCUGGAAUGUGCGGCUGCGCCAUUGUCAUGACAAUGGCUCUCGCCCUAUUGGACAGUGUUCCCUGGAUGAGCUACAUCAGCAUGCUGGCCAUCUUUGGCUUCGUGGCCUUCUUCGAGGUGGGCCCCGGGCCCAUCCCCUGGUUCUUUGUGGCUGAGCUCUUCUCCCAAGGCCCCAGGCCCGCUGCUAUGGCUGUGGCCGGAUUCGCCAAUUGGACAGCCAACUUCAUUAUCGGCUUUGGCUUCCAAUAUGUUGCUGAGCUUUGUGGGCCAUAUGUCUUCCUCAUCUUCGCUGCGCUCCUGCUAUUCUUCCUCAUCUUCACCUUCUUCCGGGUGCCGGAAACACGGGGGAAGACGUUCGACCAGAUCUCCAACACCUUCAGCAAACACUCACCCGCCAUGAUAGAUAUGGACAUGGACAUGGAGCUGGGAAAACGCAGCACAGAGCUGGAUUACCUGGGGGAGGAGGGGAGCCUCAACUGAAGGGAUCCCAUAGGGCAAUUGGGGAAGGUGGGCAGAGGAGGCCAGACAGACUGUGGGGUGGUGGGCAAGGGAAGGGGGUAGAGGAAGAGAAAUGGUAUUGGGGGUGGGCUUGGGCCUCAUUCCAAACAUCCUUUCACCUUUUGAGUUGCGUCUAGAUAUAUCAAGUAGGGAAGGGGGCGUUGGCAUGUGGGUCGAGGGAUAGGGAGGUGGAAUCUGUUUGGGAUGGGGGCCAUAGUUGAUGCAAUAGCUGCCACUGGGAAAUUACGCUAGAGUGAAAAAUAUUGGCAGAAUCAGGGGUUGCAGGAAUUGAGUCAAGGAAAAGGUUGCACAACAUUACUAAGCAUUGCACCAACUGAAUAGACGCCAGAAAGGGUGAAGGGUCAGUGGGGUGGGAGAUUUAUUACCAGAGCAACCCAUAAUGGGUGAUCAGGAACUAGAAUGUUUCUGAACCUUGAGGCAUUUACCCCAACCCCAGUGUACAUGUACAGAUGGGGGUGAUUUUAAUCUGAGAGACUGCACAGAUGUUCAAGGGAAAGAGACUGAGAAACUAGUAUUUCUGCACUUUAUCUACAAAUAAAUGUUCAGAGAUAGUGAGAAUAUGGGUGAAAGACAAAAAAAACAUGUAACUUUUUACAAAGCUAUGGCGUGUGGCAUUGACUGAGGUAUUUUAUUUAUGAUAAAAGUUAAGUCUCAUAGCAGGCUAACCACUCCACCACUAGCAACCCACUUCCGUGUCCCUAAACUUGAUUACACAAAAUAGUGGACCGCUUUAACAUGCGACUCAAUGUACAGCCUAGAGACUCCUUUCAGAGGAAAUCCUGUAUUAAGUACUUAAUGUAUACAGUGUGCUGGUUUGCUUGACAAAAACUGCACAAGGAUCUACAAAAUACUCAAACUUCACCCACUCCCAUAUAAGAGUACAUCUUCAGUUUCUGAAUGGGACAGGGCCCCAAGUGAGCACUACUAGUAUUCAUUCUACUAGUUUCCAAACGUAGUCCUAGAUAGUUGAUAUGGCAACAGGGCUCAGAUACCGUAGCAGCCAUCUGCCCCUAAACAUGUGCUGUUGAGCGACCGUCUUCAUGAGGACCUGUGGCUUAUGUAGUGUGAAAAAAAAUAUGCAGUGUUGCGAUGUGGUUCAUGUGACAAUUGUCCCCAUUUGACAAACAUGGGCAUGUUGAGGACCUGACAUUUCAGCAAGUAAUUUCAUAUAUUAACAUCCCAAGAAGUGUCAAAACACAUAUUAAAUAUACUGCAACUUAAGUCUAGUUAUAGUUUAGAUGAAAUGUUGUUACUGGAGCUUGAGUUGAAGAAUGACCAACUUCAGUUAUAUCCCACUAAAUGCAAUUCAAGACAUUUUACAUUGUACUGAGUAAUGUGACCAUACAAAGAAAUGCAUUGUAGUCUUUGCAAACAUGAUUUUUAUAGACAUUCUGAUACUGACAUUGCACAUAAUCCCCUCCAAAUAAGCACAUACAAAACCAAAAAAUAACAAUAUUUCUUUAAACCAGCCUCAUGCCUUUAUGAGGGGGGAGGGGUGGGCAGCAGCAUGUUUUAGAAUCUGGGGGGGGGGGGGGGGUCAGGUCCCAGACUGUACCACUACACUCACACCUGCUUUGCAUUCAUGUUAUCAAACUUAAAUAGAGGCCGGAGCCGCUCUAAUGCUUGUGCCCAUUCUCAGUCAAUUAAAGAACUUGCUGUGGGUUGUGGUUUAAAUGGGCAUCCAAGCAGGUUCACACUUUCUUCUAAAAAUGAGUAUUUUCUCAAUUGUAAACACAGACAACCCACUAUAUCCCUUCCUGUCUUCCCCUUCUCCCAUACUCAGUGUGUAGACAAGUCAGGUGGGUAUGUACUGUUAGAUGGGGGACUGCGUCUAACGGUCCAUAGGACCUACAGAGCGAGACUGACAGGAAGCCAAGAGGAGAGAGCCUGACAUUAAAACAAAAUAAACUGAACAAAAACUAAUGCCACAACUUAAAACUUCCAACCUCAAAACAAUCAGUGGGUCCCACAGGAUUUAGUCUUCAAUUGGCAACCAAAUUACACCUGUAAUAUAGGUGGGCUUUCAUUGAAUGCCAGAAUGUCCCAAAAUUAUAAAGGAAACAGGAAAGGCAAAAUCCACCUGGUGCUUUCAAACCCAUCAAAAGACUUAUGUAAUUCCUCUAAAAACCCAUGUAGAAAAAUAACUAAUUACUUAAGGAACUAAAUGGUCACAUACUAGUGACAUCAGCUACAAUAUGGCCUACGAUGCGGUUUUGUAGUGCAAUGUAGUAGUGCAAUAGGCGUAACCCAAACCCCUCCUCCACCCAACCCCUGAAAGGUUGCAUCAGUUUAGCGUGGAGUCGCACCGCUUGCCUGGGGUCACGUGACACCAUCUGCUCAGAGGCGUCAUUCUGCCGCCACGGGAACUGUCGUGGCAGGUGCCUGGAAAGGAAGAUUUGAGACUUAUUUUCCAUAAUUACCCAAAGAAUCUAUAUUAAAAUGAAAAUGCAUAAAUUAAUACCUACAGUAAGACUUCAGCAGCCAAGUUAUGACCAGAAGAAACAGUAGAAAGAGAAGUACUGAGAAGACUUUGGGGUGCCUCGUACCUCUGGUGAUUGGUGGAUGGUUUUGGGAGAGGACUUGGGGGACAUCUUGGGGGAGCCUUUAGGGGAAGACUUGGGGGAGGCCUUGACGUCAGCUGGCUUGGAGGUCUGAGGGGUGGUACUAGGCCCCAAGGCUGGCUUCUCUGUCCCAUCCUAAGAUAUGAUCAGAGGAGAAACUUAGUCACGUAACAUAUUGUACAGGGAGAGGAAUUUCUGGCACAACAUUACAUAGGCAGCACUGAGUGGCUCACUUUAGAGACAGUGUUCGACUCAGAGUUCCUCUGCCUGCGGCGGCUGAACUGUCGGCGGGGUUUCUGGCCAUCUUCAUUGGCCUGCUUCCCGUUUGUCUGCUGGACCUCCUGGGCCUCCACCUCUUUCUGUCCGUCCGCUGCCUGGCCUUCCUGCCUCUCGGUGGGGGCGCUGCCAUCCUGCUUACCCUCCGCAGGGGGUAGGCGAGGACGGAAUGGCCUGAGAAGGUUAGGUGGCGUGGGACAAAGUCAAAUGUAGAGUCAAAUAGCCCUAUGGGCUCAAAAAGAUCCAUUGACAUUAAGAUCCUAUCCCAAAUAAAUCUGCCAGCAAAAGAAUGCCAUGUCACAAGUCUCACCUGCGGUACUGGGGCCUGAACCUGCGUGGUGGUGGCCUCUGCUGGUCGCCUUCCACUGCUCCCUCCUGUUCCCCUGACUCACCCUGGGGAGAGAACAGAACACGGCACUAAAGGAGAGAACUGAUUACACAACAGAUAUCCACAGGAUGAGGUCCAACCUUCCUCAACCCCAUCCCUCCAUUUGCAGACAUUUAAACUAGAAUAUUCCUAGUAAAUUAAAGUGGAAGGAAGUUGCUGGUAGGAAGUUACAUUCACCAUAGGGGCAGCAGGGUAGCCUAGUGGUUAGAGCAUUGGACUAGUAACCGAAAGGUAGCAAAUUCAAAUCCCUGAGCUGACAAGGUACAAAUCUGUCGUUCUGCCCGUGAACAGGCAGUUAACCCACUGUUCCUAGGCUGUCAUUGAAAAUAAGAAUGUUCUUAACUGACUUGCCUAGUUAAAUAAAGGUUAAAAAAUAUAUAUAUAUAUAUAUUACUUUAACCAUCUGUUUUUCUCUUCAAAUAAGUCAACAUGGAAGGAAAGGAACUUUAAACUGUUUGGAUGCACCUUUUCCAUCCAUCUACUCACCUCUCGUCCUUCCCGCCUGGGUCGGCGGGGCCUGCGUCGUCGCGGUGCGGGUCGUUCACCACCAUUCUCCCCUUCCCCUUCCGAGGUGGGGACAGAGGUGCCGUCACCCUUAUCAUCGGGCUGAGGGCUGUGAGGGGAGGUGCGGCGGCGGCGGAAGCGACGUUUGUUGGGCGCAUAGCGGCUGCCUUUCACAGGAACCCCGCUAGGCCCGGUCACGUUGGCUGCCUCAGAGCCCUUAGAGAGGGAAAGAGCUUGUUGGAGAGACAUUUAAGACAAUGAAAAUGUUAUAUAAUUCUCAAUGUGCAAUUCAAACCGUUUUAGUGACAUUGAAUAGGGAUAGUUCACACAAUAUUUCCCAUUCUUUUGACAUGUCUCCGAAUGUAGAAAGCUGCACACCUUAUGGCAUAAAACUGAACAUGGCUUACAACUAAGUCAGAGGCAUGAAAAGGUCUGUCACAAUUUGAAUUGUGAUACCUCUAAGGCUUGUUAAUUAUGGGUGAUAUAAAAUGAAAGCCAUCCUUACAGGUUUACCUACCUUGGCGGCCUCGACCACAUCAAACUCCACCACCUCCCCAUCUCCAACACUGCGAAGGAACUUCCUGGGGUUGUUGUUCUUGAUGGCAGUCUAAACAGCAGAUGGAUUGUGUGAUGUGAUACAGGGUUGUAUUCACUAGGCACCAAACAGAAGAAAGCAGACUGAAACAGUAAGGGACUACCUGAACUGGUCCAAUAGGAAACCCUCCUUUUCAAUUGUAGAACAGUGCGCAUUAAUGAAUGUGACCCAGUGGUAUUAGGCAGGUUCUUCCUGACAUGGACUUAAUCUUGCUAGGCUUACCUGAUGAACAAAGACAUCUUCUUUGGUGUCGUUUCUGAGGGGGAAAAAUAACAUCAGUAAUGACAUCUCCCAGCCAUGACAAACCAUAUCCAUGUUAAAGUGUCAGAUAGCUGUACUACAAUGUGUAUGCAUUGUGACAAAAGUAAUGCCCAUUAGUGUACAUUUUCCUUGCACAUCAGACAAAAUAAAUUAUUCAGGGGCACCUUCUAGCACAUAACAUGGUACCUGUUGAUAAAGCCAUAGCCAUUGCGCACGUUGAACCAUUUCACCGUGCCUUGGACUGCAGAGGCUGCAAAAAGAAAGUUUAUUUUCUUUUUACCAUCAUUUUAUUAGGUAUUCAUGCUGGGAU